AUGGCUGCACGCGAUUUUUUAUUCUUGUGGGCUGUCAGUACUGUCGGCAGCGCUGCUUACGCGCAUGACAGGAGUGAUAUAGGUUUCUUCUGGCAGUUGACCGACUUGCAUUUGGACCUGCGAUAUAACCUAACACAGGAUUGUCAGGGUCGGUACGGUGACCCGAAAUGUGAUUCACCCCUGGAUUUAGUCCAGUCAGCUAUCAGUGUCACAAAGACUUUGCCUAUGUUUGAAUCCGACGAUCGUCAGCUUCCGGACUUCGUGAUUUGGAGCGGUGAUAACGGUCCUCAUGCCCAUCAUUUCACAAGAGAUCAACUCUACCAAACUAUUCAGGUAGUCAGUGACCGAAUGCAACAGGUGUUCAGAACUGACAAGGUCUACGUACUCCCUGUGCUCGGCAAUCAUGACGUCACUCCUGCCAAUCACAUGUCACCCGACCCUCUUGAUGCGGAUCGGCUGGCAUGGUGCCACAAUCUGAGUAGUAAUCCCCUUCUGUGGGGCCCUUGGAUUCACCUGGCCAAUAGGAGUUCCUUUAUCAACCCUGAUCGAUCGAUUCAACGCGAUUUACCAUCCCCACUUCCACCACCGGCUAAUUUUUCACGAGGCUGUUUCUUCUCCCACUUGUUGCACCUACCAACCUCUGACCUCCUUCUCGUCAGUGUGAAUGGACUAAUUUGGUAUCGAGAAAAUCCAUUGCUCGUUCAUGCGAGUCCGGAUCCUCUGCAACAGUUUGACUGGUUGAAUGCCACAUUCGCUUGGGCAAGGAGUUCAAAAUGCAAAAUUCUGCUCGUCAGUCACUUCCCACCGGGUGCGAGUGAGAACACUCCGCGUCGGUUUAAAUUCCUACAGUCCGGAUUCAACAAGCAUUUUGUUCAACUGCUCCAGGCUAAUGCUGAUGUUCUCAUGGCCGGUUUGUUUGCUCAUACUCACGUCGACUCCUUCCGGGUUUUAUCUGACCAGACAGGUCACCCAGUGCUCUCACUAUUUACCGCUCCAUCCGUCUCCCCUCUACGUCUUUCUGGAUUGGGGUCUUUCAACCCCCGCAUACGGCUCUACCGAUACCGACGUUCUGACACAACUCUGCUCGGCUACAGACAAUACUUUCUCAACAUUUCCCAAUCCUCUCCUCAGUGGCAGGUGGAAUACGACACAUCCGACGCUUAUCUCCUGUCAGACCUCUCACCCAUCGCAUUAAACCGACUGUUGAAUGAAUUUGAGCACGACGACACCCAAGAUGGCGUGUGGUCUCGAUACUGGAACCACGAGCUCGGAGGACGACCACAUGAGCCUAGCACGUUGAUACCUGAUGGUCUGUGUCCACGAGCUCAGUCGGUAUGUCGGUGCGAACAUCUGUGCCCGAUGCGUCACGUGGAUUUAACAGCCAUGCAAAGUUGUCUGGACUCGUGCACACAGAUCCGUCCAAUCGUGCUGGUCAGCACAAACAAUUCGGUGCUCGACCAGGCCAGUUCGAACAACACUGGUGAGACACAUGUGAAUGCACACAGCAGCUUGCCAAUAAUCAUUGGCGUAAUCAUUGCAUUUCUGGCCAUUCUGGUUGGCGUGGUCUUGAUUGUCAACCGUGAAAUUUGUCGUCAUCGAGGACGCCAUGCUCGACGUCUGGCGGGCUCCGGCGGUACUAUCGGAGGUAUUGUGUUUACCACAGUCAACGGGGCAUACCCGAUCUCCUUAAAUGGAGAGGUGGGAGGAGGUGGUAGUCCAACCGACUUCGAUCAUUGUAACAGUUUUGGAGGAUCCUCUACAGAACUACGCACCGCGUUCCAUCCACCGCACGCUAUUGGUGAUGACCACUCUCUGAGUACUAUCCAUACUGUCGAUGGGACUGCGUAUACUCUCCCGGUGAAAACUUCCAAAUCAUCGAUGAAAGCUAACUUUUUCGGAAAUUGUGAAUACGUUACCGUUAGUAACUUUGUAAACGAGCCUACCAAUGUCCACUCUUCGGUAGCCUCAGGAAUCUAUACAAAAUCUCAGAAAGCUCGCCGACCCAACGGUAUUCUGUCUCCGCCCAUGGUUAUUUCUCCUACCAAUCGCCACUCUCAUCCUCCUCACUUUUUUCAUCCAGAUACUACUCCUUACUUUCCACCUUUCAGUCACUCCAGCCAAUUCAGUGGUAGCCGACCUACAACGAGAGAAGGUGACAGUAGUUCGUGUCAGCUGGCACCACCUUCUCGGCUAGUGUGUCCCACCGAAGAUUACUAUGCUGAUGAUGAGGAGGGUCCGGAAGCGAUCCACGAUACGGCGGCUGCUGUUGUUGAUGAAUGUGAAUCGUUUUCGGACGAUGAAGAGGAUGACGUUGAGCCGUUCGAUGAUGGGAAUAAACCCUUUCGGUUAGACCGGACCUGUGUUCCGUCCGGCAAACGUAGACUUUCACGUGAUUGGAAGUUUACAAAGCGACAGAGUAUGCAGUCUUAUGGUGACCCAUUUAGUCCACGUAAGCAUCUCCGUGUUUCACGAGGUUCUGAGCCCAACAUUCAACACAGUCAUUCUGCGGUCCUCAACGGUCUAACUGAAUUGGCAAACUCCGUUCCACAUUCUCACUCAGUAACACCGUACGCAACUCAAUCGCCACCUCACAAUUUGACGAACGGACAGUCAGAGGUCCCUGGCCGUACCCAACAGCCUAUCCUCGGGAACAGUGUUCUUCCGUCCGCCGUCGAACUGAAAAUUACCGGCGGUCAACAUGCACACGAAGUCGCACAAAGCUUGACACGUGAGCAAGCUGGCUAUGAAUACUUAACGCGCCCGUUUCCUCCAAACCUCACCGCGGGAUCGGAGAUUGUCAGUUGUUGUACAAACAAACAAACAAAAAACAGCAAACUCAACAGCAUCUACACACAUUCAAUUCUGACUUGUGUUGCUACUGAUGGUGGUCGGCUUU